CACAAACGGCGGUGGCGGCAGCCCAAUGAAACCCGCGAACAUCGCGCGAGCGGUUCAAAUCUUUUUCCUACGCCCGCGCACUUCCUGCUUCACCGUUCGCGGCUCGGCUCGUCCGCCCAACCAAAGAAUUGUUAUCAAUCCGAUUGUAAUAAUCGAAUCCACGGGCUGAUAACAGGAUGCGAUGUCCAUCGGUGAUAGCGAAUGAAGUCCGUUGUUCGUACUCAUUACCCCUUCGGUUUGUUGUGCGCGACGGCCGUCCCGUUUUACCUUUUUCCCGGUCCGGAGCACACGUAACCGAUUUUUUGCACUUAUAACUGUAGUACGUUUUUCCAUUAGAGUCCGCAGUUUUCUUUCAAUCUUUUUGACUAUGGAGUGAUCUGUAGGCAUAUCAUACCUGUGUGGAUAAUACGUGUACGAUAUUAAUUUCUGUAGAACUGUGAUCAUGACGUCCACAGAGCCAAUGAGUCUGAGCAAAACUUGGGAACUGUCGUUGUAUGAACUUCACAGAACGCCGCAAGAGGCGAUCACGGAUAGCACGGAAAUCGCCGUGUCCCCUCGGAGCUUGCACAGCGAGUUAAUGUGUCCUAUUUGUCUAGAUAUGCUCAAGAAGACCAUGACUACUAAAGAAUGUCUUCAUAGAUUUUGUUCAGACUGUAUUAUUACUGCUCUUCGUUCUGGUAAUAAAGAGUGUCCUACUUGUCGCAAAAAAUUAGUGUCUAAACGUUCAUUGCGCCCAGAUCCGAAUUUUGAUCUGUUGAUCUCAAAAAUCUACCCUAGUCGUGAUGAAUAUGAAGCACACCAAACCAGAGUAUUAGAAAAAUUAAAUAAAAGUCACAGUCAAGCAAAUUUAGUGCAAUCUAUUAAUGAAGGCAUUAAAAUUCAAACACAAAAUAGAUUGCAACGUACUAAUAAAAAGAAUCAACAAGAUGAACAAAACGAGAGUGGUUCUUCGUCUACACCUAAAACAUCUUCAAAUAAUAUAGGACCCAGUAAAGAUAAUGUCACGAGAACUGUGGUUCAAGCAAAGGUAGCUAAAAAGCUUAAAACUGUAAUGAUUUCUGAAAAUGAUGGUCCGGUAUCGUCAUCAGCUGAUAGAUCAGAUAUCACUGAGUGUGAUGGUUCAUCUAGAGGAGUAACUUUAGAUGAAAUUGAAUUGGUAUUUAAACCUCAUCCAACUGAAAUGGGUAGUGAUAAUCAAUUGAUUAGAGUUUUGAAAGAGAAUUCUAUUCGAUAUAUUAAAACUACAGGCAAUGCUACAGUUGAUCAUUUAAGCAAAUAUUUAGCAAUGCGACUUACAUUGGACCUUGGUUCAAAGAUUCCAGAACGAUCGUUAAGUUUUUUAAUAUAUGUUGCUCCAACUACGGAUCAAUUUGUUCCAUUAAGUGGAAAUCAAACUUUACGACAAGUCCAUGAUAAAUAUUGGAAAGUGAACAAACCAUUAGAAAUGUUUUACUCAUUUACCUAAAUCAGUUAAGUAUAUCUAAUAUAAUUUGUAAUUAAAAUAUAUUUUACUAAUUAUUUUGAAUUUGACCAAAAUAAGAAAGUGGUUAAUUUAAUUUUAACUCAAAGUUAUAACCUACAAAUUUGUAUAAUUUAUAAUAUUUAAAAUUUUGUGUGUCAAAAAAGUUUCAGAUUUAUGAAGAUAGAAAAGUAUGAUUUAAUAGUAGAAUAGAUCUUUAGUAGUUAAGCUUAAGAUCUUUUGAACCCUUAAUCUUGUCUUGUGUGUAGUUAUGGUUAUAAUUUAUUUAAUAUAACUUUCAAACCUCUUUUCUUCUAUUCGCAGAUAGUCCAAUUUUAUUAAUCUUGAGCAAUUUAGUUAUUUUUCCAUCUAGGCUUUUGUCUUAAUAUUAAUAAGUGCAGAGUAAUUUUUUCUUCAGCUCCAGAAUUUUUUUUAAAAAUCUGUACAUACUUAAUAUUGUCCAACUAUAACGCAUUUCCAUUAUCAAAGACUGAUAUUAAUUACUGAUAUUACACUCUCUUAUUAGCUAUCAUAUUGAUGUUUGUACAUUGAAGCUGUGAAGGUUUAGAUUUUAUCAAGCGUUGUACAAUAGUCCUAAAUUCUUUA